GAGCGUUAGCCCCCCCUUUACCAGUGCCGCGCAGGCGCAGUCGGCGCCAGGGCGAUUAGUCCGGGGGAAGGGAUUGUGGCGGGAGCUGGUCCGUUGGUUUUGUGGCUCCGGCUGUAAGCAGAACCUGGAAGCAAUGGAGGUAGGUCACAGCCCAGCGUCCGAGGCUCUGUCUCACACCGGUGAUGUGGCAGAAAAGACCAGGACCCUUGGCACCUCUCAGUUGAAACCCAGAAGCAUGAAUCCAUACCCGCCUGUUUGUCGCUUUUAUUCUCGUGGAAAGUACUGUCAGUUUGGCCGAAGGUGUCGAUUUCUGCAUGAGCAUCUGGAGCCACGGAUUGCUCCAAGUGUGCCUGAAAGCCAGAGCAGCGGUGCUGCUGAAAAUAUCUCUCAGUGCCAGAGUGGUGCAGAAUGUCCUGCAGACAGUGGCCCGGUCAGGUUUGCUGAGGAUCCUGCUACACAGGGGCGAACCCGGUUUGGAACGCCCAAGAUGAUUGGUCCCAGAGAUAGAGCGAAGAGGCCAUGUCGUUACUAUCUGUCUGGCUACUGCGUGAUGGAAGAACGGUGCCGGUUUUGGCACCCUGAGAAGUUGCCUGCGUUGAGGGACCCUGUGGAUUCCGAGCCCGCUCGGGUCAGUCUAAGACCGCCAGGGCCACUCAUUCGACCGCCCGUCCCCCGGCCUGCUGUGGUCAAGGAUGAAGUAAAGCUCACCGAGUUGACCCAAGAGGUUGCCCGGCAACUCCGAGAGACUGAGAUCAGUCAGCUGUUGAAACGCUUCCCAAAGGACCAGCUCAUCAUUCAGGAGAGUGAGGAUGGGAAGCAGACUUUCUACCGCAUUGUGGUAGAGCCUACAGAUCCAGACUGGCCUUUUGAUUUGAAGGAGAUAGACAUUCAGAUUUGCUUCCCAGACGAUUAUCCUUUGGAGGUCUUCACUUUGGAUAUCCCUGAGGAUCAAGAUCUGCCAGCGUCUAUGGGAAGGCACGUGUGUAGCGCUUCAGAGGAGUGGCUUCAGGCCAAGCAUGCCACCAACAGGCUGACGGGAAAGUUAGAGCUGCUGUUUCGUCCUUACCUGCGGUGGCUAGAUCGCAACCUGGAGAAGCUGUUCAUAGAGGGAGCCAGAAAGAUAAAGAGGGAAUUGGACACCGAGAAAUCAGGGAUAUGUUUUAUACCCUUCCAGGAACUUAAGCCAUGCCUACCAGAUGCACGAGCUUUGCAGACAACAGAAGGGUCUUCGUGCCCUCAGAACGUAGAUCCUGUCAAGGGAUUGUCGCAGCAGCUUCAGCAGGCCAAGUUCGCAGAAUCAGAAAGUCCAGAAAUGAGUGGCACGGGCAGUGAAGUCAGCUCUGGUGAGGAGGUUGAUGGGUGUUCAAGGACUGAUGCACCUCGCAGGCAUAAACCCCUCCCAGCUGGCAAUGGGAGUGGGCAGCUGCCGAUAGAUUCUAACAGCAAGGGCCUGCCUAAGGGAACAGCAGUGCGAUUUCUUGGCUUUCAGCUGGGAGAAGCGACAGCAACACUGGCAGCUCAGAAGAUCACUCUGUCACUGAAGUGCGUCAGGUGCAAAGUAACUGCAGAUCUGACUGUGUCCCAAAAGCACUCUUCUUCUGCAAGCUGUGAAAAAUGUAACACAGACAUCAGUGUAGCGUUCCAACCCAGUGUACUCCAUGAGAAUUCGGAUGUCUUGGGUUACCUGGACCUGCAUCAAUGUGCCCCUGUGGACUUGAUUUUACAGGACAGUCACUUUGUUGUGGGCUGUCUAAACUGCUCCAAGGAGGGCACUCUGCAGGGUCUAUCCUAUGGCCAGUACAAGGAACUAAACUGCUUGCACUGUCAUUGCAAACUCAAAGUUUUGGUGGAUGAAGUCCAGUUUUACCAGAUGAACAUCCAGUCACAGGAUGAAAUAGACAAUAAAAAUUCAGUUCGUCAGCAUCAGAAGAGGCGGCCUGAAGGACUUACUAUUCAGCUUGGUAAACCCCUGCCAGAGUUUGGCACUUGCAGCCAUUACAAGAAGAGUUGUCGCUGGCUCAGAUUUCAGUGUUGUGGGAAAGCCUACCCAUGUGACUUGUGUCACGAUGACAACCAAGACCACGUAAUGGAGAUGGCCACUCGGAUGAUCUGUGGGUUCUGCGCAAAGGAACAGCCCUACAGCAAUGGGAAGCCGUGUGCUGCCUGCGGAGCCAUGAUGACAAAGGGAUCCCACACCAGCCACUGGGAAGGAGGCCAAGGCUGUCGGAGCCAAGUGCGGAUGAGUCGCAAAGACAAACAGAAAUACGCAAACUCUGCGAAGACCGUCUCCCGCCUGGUCCCAACACCAGCACCAGAAGUGAGCAGUGUGGCCCUGCUUGGGAUCCCCGACCUGGGAACGGUGGCCUUAGUAAUGACUGUGAGUGGGUUUGGUGUGUGCGUGGUUUUUUUUCCUGUUGUUUCUUUCUGCCUCGUGUGAGGUGAUGAAAGGAUAAAUGUUUUCAAAUUUCAAGGAUCUCGGGGAGAGGGGGUAAAACAGUCCAAUGAGGAAUCGGACGCCGUUUAGUUUGAUCAACUUCGGAUACCCUAAGACGCCAUCCAUGCCCUGGUCGUGCGCGCGGGCUGGACAGACUUCAGACAACUGCCCUGCAUUAUUUACAGUGUGUGAGAGGUGCGAGUUGGUGAAAGUCAUUGUGUCCCGGCUGGCAACCUACUCCAACUCUUCUGAGCCAAUCGCCCAGUACCUGUUGGUCCUGUCAAGUGAAAGUUCUGGGUGCGUUUGUACUAGUGGACACAGCAGCUAAUGGAACCCUAACUAUGUAGUAUGCAGAAGGGCACGGCUAAAUGUCCACCGAGUUGCCUAUAUUACACGUGGCUUGAGUAAAGUGCCAAUAGCAGUAGCAGGUUCCUUCCCCUUCUCCAUUGGGGCACCUGUCACAGAACAGAUUGUGUUACUGCAGUUGUGUAGAGACGCUUGCAGAAGUCGUAACGCGAUGCAGGCAGUGUCGGAGAGUCCAGUGCAAACUCUCUAGAACUGAUGGUGCUCUUAACUCCGCUCCAACCUCCUGGUGUGUGGAGACAGGAGCUUGCACCCAAGUACAAUUGGAAGUUGAAUUCUAAUUUGGUUUUGAAUGUUAAAGGUUAUCACUGUGUUGAUUUACAUUUAAUUUGGCAAUUUUAUUAAAUGCAGUCAAAUCUUGUUCUAUGCAACACAUUGCCGUACCAACAAUAAGCAAGAAAAUGCUUGUGACCCUGUAAGUGAGAUGGAGGAAAGAAUUAUAAGCCUCCGUUGAUGAACAUCAGGCAUCCACAUGGGUAGUGGUUGGUAAAAUGUGUGAAUAUUACUGCUGCCACCUCCUCCAUCGCAGUCUCUCACCACGAUUAAAUGCAGUGUGCUGGAGACAGUCACUGGGUCGGAUUCCCCACUGUCUAUCCCAUCUAGUAUUGUGCAUUUGUUUUCUGAGCCCUGUGGUUCAUUCUAUGGUCUUGGCCCCACUUGUGGAGCACAGGAUAACGUGUAUGCCAUUCCCCUACUCAAACCUGCUUUGUCAUCCAUUCUGAGAGCAGCUGAUCAGUCCCCAUAUCCACCGAAACCCUUAACCCUGACAAAAAUUUGUAAGUCUCUGAAGAUCGAGAAACAGCUGGAAAUCUGAAAUAAAAAUAGAGAAAACAGCGGCUGUGGAAAGAGAACCAGUUAACGUUCAAGGUCCAAGGCCCUUGGUCAGAGUUGGAAGAAGAGAAUUCAAGUGGAGGGCUGGGAAGGAUAGAUCGUACAUCAGGAUGCCCGAGGGGUGAGCUGUAACUGUCUCUAUUCUUAAACUUCACUUUCACUACGGAGGUACAGCAAUAGUAAAUUAAAAGGCGCUCUGGGGAUUUGGUUUAGAGUGGAGCUCAGUGCUGGCUGUCGCCUUUGUGCUUUCCAGCAGGUGGCAGAUGUCUCUCCACUUGGAACGAGGAGCUAAAACACGGGCUUCUACACUGAGUCGGUUUGUGUGGGAUCCACCUACAAUCCUCCCAGGUUUGAGUGCCCCACAGUUGCCCAGUUGGGUAACGACCAUUUCUACCGGAGUGGGGGUUCCCAGCAUCCAGGUUCUUUAUGGCUGCGUCACUUUGAGUUUGCCAAACAAAGUAAGCAAAGUAAGUUUAAUUGCUGGAAUAAUGAAAAAUGUUCGCAGCACAGCCUGCAGAGAGCCGGUGUUGGGUUGUGGCACUGGCAAUCUUGCUUGUUCUGUGCUUCAGGAACUGGGAGCUUCAGGCCCUUGGGUUUUAGAAGUUUAAACAUUGAGCAUUUUGGAUGCUGUAGGUCCAGUUACUUGUAUCCCGGCCCUCCUUUCCCUACCACCCCUUCAAAUCUUCGUCCCCAUCCCAACACCAAAUCUUAUGAGGUUUGUGACUUCUGCAUGUGUGGGAGCCAUCCUCCAUUCGCUCUUUCCCCACCGUGUACCUCACUCAGAUCGGCACAUCCCGGGGGCAAGACUGGAUGUAUGAGCGGCUGGCAAAGCUAUUUAGUGGAGACUGAAACUAGCUCACAACCCACGUCUCCACAGAGGAUCAUUGACAGCAAGGAGCUUAGCCAUCUCUCUGACUGAAGCUUGAGGUUCUGAGCUCAGCUGUAAUGUUCUUGUAAUUGCCUGGGGCGAGCUGAAGACAGAGUACAAUCUCCUUCCACUUGUUUUGUUGGUUCUAACAUUGAAACACACAAACAGCAUCCUGUUUCUUAGCUCAGUGUCUACUUUCCUAUGCCCAUGGUUACAAAAAGCAGCUGGGAGCAUCACUAGGCAGCAGCAGCAGUGGAGUUGACAUUCUAGGUCAAAUGGUGAACGAAUCUGGUGAAAGGUCAUCAGCCUGAAAUAAUAACUUGUUUCUCUCCCCUCGUAGCUGCCCGACCUGCUGAGUAUUUCCAACAUUUUCUCUCUUAAUUUUGGGUCUCCGGUAUUAGACGGUUACUUUGUUCCCAUAUCUCUCCAUCCGCGCCCCUUCCUUUAUUUUGGUUGUGCUCUUGGAUCUGCUGCCUAUUUCCCCUUACAAUUGGUUAGCAAGGGCAAAGUACAAAAAUUAAAUUUUGUAAAAUCUGACUCUGGUAUAAACUAAGCACUGGGUGCUGCUGCCAGUCUAAACAUGACGCGUGUGGAACUAACCCCCUCAGCCAUGACCCAUGGUAAGUAAUUAAAAGUUUCUCUUCUGUUUUGGGGUGUAACUCCACACGGUCCCUAAACGUGGUGAGUUUUUUCCAUGUCAUGAAAUGACAAAUGUCACUUUUGUAACGAGAGUGCCUUUGGGUUUUCUUCCCCAUCACCUCCACCAGCUGUUAACACCUCCCUUCCGUAACUAUCCAGUGUAAAGGUGUGACUCUGGAGCACAUUUCCCCUGCUCCCAUGACCUGACUACACCCAUUCAGUGGGCAGUCAUCCCGUCAGGUGGUCACAGCAGCCUAAUUCGAGAAGUCUUGCUGCAAAGAAAUACCUGGGUAGUUUGACCAAACCUGCUGUAGGGGAGGAGUCUCAUCUGCCAACAGCAUGGGUCAGGAGCACAGGCACUGCCAGAAUUUGGUACAUUAUCCGAGGUACCGUUCCAAAUUUCCAAUUUGCACUACCAGUUGCUUAGUCUCCCCUUUGCCUGGGUGAGCUGCGUAAACCCCUGUUGUCUACAUGUGGUAAACCUACUUCUAGCAAUGCAGAGGGACACGGGGUAGUCAGAUGCAGUAUUUUGUGGGAAUAAUAAACUUUAAUCUGGUCAUAUUUCUGAUUUUUUUUGGUGCAAAAUUAUAACUCUGGUUAAUAUGAUGAACUGGCAAAAUAUUUUAAAAAUGGAAAAAUAUACAUUUGCAUGUAUGUAGAGUUGACAGUAUUUUAAAAUAAACUUUAGUUUUGUCAGUUUUG